CCCCCGGGGCCGGGGCCGCUGAGCCUGCGCCCAGUGCCCGGAGCCCCGCGCCGAGCCGCGUCCGCGCCGAGCCGGAGCCGCCCAUCCCGGGGCCCGGGCCGGGGGACCAGCAGCUUCCCUACAGGCAGCGUGAGGACAGCCUGUGCCCCAGAAGCAGGAUGAGAAGAUGGCAGACUUCCUGUUACCUCGGGGCACCAGCAGCUUCCGAAGGUUCACCCGGGAGUCCUUGGCGGCCAUCGAGAAGCGCAUGGCAGAGAAGCAAGCCCGGGGCUCGGCCGCCUCACAGGAGAGCCGUGAGGGGCUGCCCGAGGAGGAGGCUCCCCAGCCCCAGCUGGACCUGCAGGCCUCCAAAAAGCUGCCGGAUCUCUAUGGCAACCCACCCCGAGAGCUCAUCGGGGAGCCCCUGGAGGACCUGGACCCCUUCUAUAGCACCCAAAAGACCUUCAUCGUGCUGAAUAAAGGCAAGACCAUCUUCCGGUUCAGUGCCACCAACGCCUUGUAUAUCCUCAGUCCCUUCCACCCCGUCCGGAGAGCGGCUGUGAAGAUUCUGGUCCAUUCGCUCUUCAGCAUGCUCAUCAUGUGCACCAUCCUGACCAACUGUGUCUUCAUGGCCCAGCACGACCCUCCACCCUGGACCAAGUAUGUCGAGUACAUCUUCACUGCCAUUUACACCUUUGAGUCUCUGGUCAAGAUUCUGGCUCGAGGCUUCUGCCUGCAUGCGUUCACCUUUCUUCGGGACCCGUGGAACUGGCUGGACUUCAGCGUGAUUAUCAUGGCAUACACCACUGAAUUUGUGGACCUGGGCAAUGUCUCAGCUUUACGCACCUUCCGAGUCCUCCGGGCCCUGAAAACUAUAUCAGUCAUUUCAGGCCUGAAGACCAUCGUGGGGGCCCUGAUCCAGUCUGUGAAGAAGCUGGCCGACGUGAUGGUCCUCACAGUCUUCUGCCUCAGCGUCUUCGCGCUCAUCGGCCUGCAGCUCUUCAUGGGCAACCUGAGGCACAAAUGUGUGCGCAACUUCACGGAGCUCAAUGGCACCAACGGCUCCGUGGAGGCCGACGGCCUGGUCUGGGAAUCACUGGACCUCUACCUCAACGACCCAGAAAAUUACUUGCUCAAGAAUGGCACAUCUGACGUGUUAAUGUGUGGGAACAGCUCCGACGCUGGGACAUGUCCCGAGGGCUACCGGUGCCUAAAGGCAGGCGAGAACCCUGACCACGGCUACACCAGCUUCGAUUCCUUCGCCUGGGCCUUCCUCGCGCUCUUCCGCCUGAUGACGCAGGAUUACUGGGAGCGCCUCUACCAGCAGACUCUGAGGUCCGCAGGGAAGAUCUACAUGAUCUUCUUCAUGCUUGUCAUCUUCCUGGGCUCCUUCUACCUGGUGAACUUGAUCCUCGCUGUGGUCGCCAUGGCCUACGAGGAGCAAAACCAAGCCACCAUCGCUGAGACUGAGGAGAAGGAAAAGCGCUUCCGGGAAGCCAUGGAGAUGCUCAAGAAAGAGCAUGAGGCUCUCACCAUCAGGGGUGUGGACACCGUGUCCCGCAGCUCCUUGGAGAUGUCCCCUUUGGCCCCGGUAACCACCCAUGAGAGAAGGAGCAAGAGGAGAAAACGAAUGUCUUCAGGGACGGAGGAGUGUGGGGAUGACAGGUUCCCCAAGUCCGACUCGGAGGAUGGUCCCAGAGCAAUGAAUCGGCUCAGCAUCACUCAUGGCCUCAGCAGGACCUCCAUAAAGCAACGCUCCAGCCGUGGGAGCAUUUUCACCUUUCGCCGACGGGACCUGGGUUCCGAAACCGAUUUUGCAGAUGACGAAAACAGCACAGCAGGGGACAGCGAGAGCCACCGCACGUCUCUGCUGGUGCCCUGGCCCCUGUGCCGGCCUAGUGCCCAGGGACAGCCCAGUCCCGCAACCUCAGGUCCUGGCCACGCCCUCAAUGGCAAAAGGAACAGCACCGUGGACUGCAACGGGGUGGUCUCCUUGCUGGGGGCAGGCGACGCUGAGGCUACCUCCCCAGGGAGCCGCCUCCUCCGCCCCAUGAUGCUGGAGCGCCCCCCAGACACGACCACACCAUCGGAGGAGCCAGGCAGGCCCCAGAUGCUGAGCCCCCAGGCUCCGUAUGCAGAUGGCUUCGAGGAGCCAGGAGAGCGGCAGCGGGCCCUCAGCGCUGUCAGUGUCCUCACCAGCGUACUGGAAGAGCUGGAGGAGUCUCACCGCAAAUGUCCACCAUGCUGGAAACGCUUUGCCCAGCGCUACCUGAUCUGGGAGUGCUGCCCACUGUGGAUGUCCAUCAAGCAGAAAGUGAAGUUCAUGGUCAUGGACCCAUUUGCCGAUCUCGCCAUCACCAUGUGCAUCGUGAUUAACACACUCUUCAUGGCGCUGGAGCACUACAACAUGACAACCGAAUUUGAGGAGAUGCUGCAGGUUGGAAACCUGGUCUUCACAGGGAUCUUCACAGCAGAGAUGACCUUCAAGAUCAUCGCUCUCGACCCCUACUACUACUUCCAGCAGGGCUGGAACAUCUUCGACAGCAUCAUCGUCAUCCUCAGCCUCAUGGAGCUGGGCCUGUCCCGCAUGGGCAACCUGUCGGUGCUGCGUUCCUUCCGCCUGCUGCGGGUCUUCAAGCUGGCCAAAUCAUGGCCCACCCUGAACACACUCAUCAAGAUCAUCGGGAACUCAGUGGGGGCCCUGGGGAACCUGACUCUGGUGCUGGCCAUUAUCGUGUUCAUCUUUGCUGUGGUGGGCAUGCAGCUCUUUGGCAAGAACUACUCAGAACUGAGGCACCGCAUCAGCGACUCAGGCCUGCUGCCCCGCUGGCACAUGAUGGACUUCUUCCAUGCCUUUCUCAUCAUCUUCCGCAUCCUCUGUGGCGAGUGGAUUGAGACUAUGUGGGACUGCAUGGAGGUGUCUGGGCAGUCACUGUGCCUGCUAGUUUUCUUGCUUGUUAUGGUCAUUGGCAACCUUGUGGUCCUGAACCUCUUCCUGGCUUUGCUGCUCAGCUCCUUCAGUGCAGACAACCUCACCGCCCCUGAGGAGGACGGGGAGAUGAACAACCUCCAGCUGGCCCUGGCCCGCAUCCAGCGGGGCCUGCGCUUCGUCAAGCGGACCACCUGGGACUUCUGCUGUGGACUCCUGCAGCAGCGGCCUCAGAAGCCUGCAGCCCUUGCCAGCCGCGACCAGCUGCCCAGCUGCAUUGCCACCUCAGGCUCCCCACCACCCCCAGACACAGAGAAGGCGCCUCCAGCCCGCAAGGAGACGCGGUUUGAGGAAGGCGAGCGGCCAGGCCAGGGCACCCCUGGGGAUCCAGAGCCCGUGUGUGUGCCCAUUGCUGUGGCUGAGUCAGACACGGAUGACCAAGAGGAGGAUGAGGAGAAUAGCCUGGGCACAGAGGAAGAGUCCAGCAAGCAGCAGGAAUCCCAGCCUGCGUCCGGCGGCCCAGAGGCCCUCCCAGAGCCCAGGGCCUGGAGCCAGGUGUCAGAGACCACCUCCUCCAGAGCCUGUGAGGCCAGUGCUGCUCUGGCAGAAAGGCGGCAGCAGCGGCAAGCGGAGCCCCGGGCCCCAGGGUGCAGUGAGACCCACGAGGACAGCUACUCUGAGGGGAGCACAGCAGACAUGACCAACACUGCUGACCUUAUGGAGCAGAUCCCCGACCUCGGUGAGGACAACAAGGAUCCGGAGGACUGCUUCACCGAAGGCUGUGUCCGGCGCUGUCCCUGCUGCGCAGUGGACACCACGCAGGCCCCAGGGAAGGUCUGGUGGCGGCUGCGCAAGACCUGCUACCGCAUCGUGGAGCACAGCUGGUUCGAGACGUUCAUCAUCUUCAUGAUCCUGCUCAGCAGUGGAGCACUGGCCUUCGAGGACAUCUACCUGGAGGAGCGGAAGACCAUCAAGGUCCUGCUCGAGUAUUCCGACAAGAUGUUCACCUACGUCUUCGUGCUGGAGAUGCUGCUCAAGUGGGUGGCCUACGGCUUCAAGAAGUACUUCACCAACGCCUGGUGCUGGCUCGAUUUCCUCAUCGUGGACGUCUCGCUGAUCAGCCUGGUGGCCAACACCCUGGGCUUUUCUGAGAUGGGCCCCAUCAAGUCGCUGCGGACAUUGCGUGCACUCCGGCCCCUACGAGCCCUGUCCCGAUUUGAAGGCAUGAGGGUUGUGGUCAAUGCCCUGGUGGGCGCCAUCCCGUCCAUCAUGAACGUCCUCCUCGUCUGCCUCAUCUUCUGGCUCAUCUUCAGCAUCAUGGGCGUGAACCUCUUCGCGGGGAAGUUUGGGAGGUGCAUCAACCAGACUGAGGGAGACCUGCCUUUGAACUACACCAUCGUGAACAACAAGAGUGACUGUGAGUCUUUCAACGUGACUGGCGAAUUGCACUGGACCAAGGUGAAAGUCAACUUUGACAACGUGGGGGCCGGGUACCUGGCCCUUCUGCAGGUGGCAACAUUUAAAGGCUGGAUGGACAUUAUGUAUGCGGCUGUGGACUCCAGGGGGUAUGAAGAGCAGCCCCAGUGGGAAUACAACCUCUACAUGUACAUCUACUUCGUCAUUUUCAUCAUCUUCGGGUCUUUCUUCACCCUGAACCUUUUCAUUGGUGUCAUCAUUGACAACUUCAACCAACAGAAGAAAAAGAUACGGGGCCAGGACAUCUUUAUGACAGAGGAGCAGAAGAAGUACUACAAUGCCAUGAAGAAGCUGGGCUCCAAGAAGCCCCAGAAGCCCAUCCCAAGGCCCCUGAACAAGUACCAGGGCUUCUUAUUCGACAUUGUGACCAAGCAGGCCUUCGACGUCACCAUCAUGUUUCUCAUCUGCUUGAACAUGGUGACCAUGAUGGUGGAGACAGAUGAUCAGAGCCCUGAGAAGGUCAACAUCUUGGCCAAGAUCAACCUGCUGUUUGUAGCCAUCUUCACAGGCGAGUGUAUCAUCAAGAUGACUGCCCUGCGCCACUACUACUUCACCAACAGCUGGAACAUCUUCGACUUCGUGGUUGUCAUCCUCUCCAUCGUGGGCACUGUGCUCUCAGACAUCAUCCAGAAGUACUUCUUCUCCCCAACACUCUUCCGAGUCAUCCGCCUGGCCCGAAUCGGCCGCAUCCUCAGGCUGAUCCGAGGGGCCAAGGGGAUCCGUACACUGCUCUUUGCCCUCAUGAUGUCCCUGCCUGCCCUCUUCAAUAUUGGCCUGCUACUCUUCCUCGUCAUGUUCAUCUACUCCAUCUUUGGCAUGGCCAACUUUGCUUAUGUCAAGUGGGAGGCUGGCAUCGACGACAUGUUCAACUUCCAGACCUUCGCCAACAGCAUGCUCUGCCUCUUCCAGAUCACCACGUCAGCUGGCUGGGAUGGUCUCCUCAGCCCCAUCCUCAACACAGGGCCCCCCUCUUGCGACCCCAAUCUGCCCAACAGCAAUGGCUCCCGGGGAAACUGUGGGAGCCCAGCUGUGGGCAUCCUCUUCUUCACCACCUACAUCAUCAUCUCAUUCCUCAUUGUGGUCAACAUGUACAUUGCCAUCAUCCUGGAGAACUUCAGUGUGGCCACGGAGGAGAGCACCGAGCCCCUGAGUGAGGAUGACUUUGACAUGUUCUAUGAAAUCUGGGAGAAGUUCGACCCAGAGGCCACCCAGUUCAUUGAGUAUUCGGCCCUGUCCGACUUUGCCGAUGCCCUGUCUGAGCCACUCCGUAUCGCCAAGCCCAACCAGAUAAGCCUCAUCAAUAUGGACCUGCCCAUGGUGAGCGGGGACCGUAUUCACUGCAUGGAUAUACUCUUUGCCUUCACCAAGAGGGUCCUGGGUGAGUCUGGGGAGAUGGACGCCCUGAAGAUCCAGAUGGAGGAGAAGUUUAUGGCGGCCAACCCAUCCAAGAUCUCCUACGAACCCAUCACCACCACACUGCGGCGCAAGCAUGAGGAGGUGUCGGCCACGAUCAUCCAGCGGGCCUUCCGGAGGCACCUGCUACAGCGCUCCAUGAAGCAUGCCUCCUUCCUCUUCCGCCAGCAGGCAGGCAACAGCGGCCUCUCUGAAGAAGAUGCCCCUGAGCAAGAGGGCCUCAUUGCCUACAUGAUGAAUGAGAACUUCUCCCGGCGCCAUGGCCCACCCUCCAGCUCCUCCAUCUCCUCCACAUCCUUCCCACCCUCCUAUGAUAGCAUCACCCGGGCCACCAGCGAUAACCUCCAGGUGCGGGCCUCUGACUACAGCCACAGCGAAGAUCUUGCAGACUUUCCCCCAUCCCCAGACAGAGACCGUGAAUCUGUCGUGUGAGCCUCACUCCCACCGGCCAGGACGCACCGAAAGGCAGGCUGUUGCAUCAUGGCAAACCUGAAUGUAGCCACAAACCAGCAUCUGCUGGGUCUUCCUCGCUUUGGGCUUCGGGAGUGAGAGAUGAGCCUCAGCCCCGUGGAUCGACAAGGCAGAGUUCUGUGGCACCCAUGCUGACGGCCGGAAGCAGUUGGCGGAGCCGAUCAUUCGGAGUAGCCUGUCCCCAGUGGCCUGGUCUGGUCAGGCAACGCCCUGGGGCUCUGAAAAGCAACUCCAUCCCAGCUGCUGAGGCAAAAUAUAAAACUGAGACUGUAUAUGUUGUGAAUGGACUUUCAUAAAUUUAUUAUAUUUGAUAUUUUUUUACUUGAGCAAAGAAGUAAUGUUUUUUCCAUGGACGUCGGCAGCAAUUCACACUGCCUCUUCUUAACUCUGAAAAGAGUCUCUGUGGAGCUGCUGGAACUCUGUUCUCAAAGCAAAAGUGAAAUCCAUUGUGGCUCCCACAGGCCUUCACUGCCCAAGGGCAGAAAAGGGUUCCCCUGCCGCUAGGCCUGAGGUGCCAGGAGAGCUGAACCCCUUUCCUCACACACACGUGUGCACACACUCACACACACGGAGGCCAGACACAGGCGACGUGUGACCCUGGGCUCCUCUCCGGCGAGUGUCAGGCAGCCACCUCUGCCCCAGCCUAAGGGAGCCAGGCCUUUCCUCCCGGCCCCCACGAGUGGGGUUCUUGUCAGCAGGGGCUCACUCUGGCCUUCCCUGUCCCCAAAGUCCCAUUAUCCUCCUGUGUUUUUGGCCAUACUGGGGUCGGUUCUACAAAAAUGAAAAGCUUCCAGAAGAGAGUGGCCUGGGUCCCAGGGCUGGUCCUAGGCACCGAUGUUGCCUUCUCCUCCCAGGAGAGCUUGACCUUCUGUCAGAGUAUUAACGUAUAGGAAUAUAACGUAUAACGAAAGGUGUGAGGGAGCCAGCCCCACUCACGGACUGGCACCCAGCUUGUCCUUGCUCCCACACCUGGCAGGCCCUGUGCCACAGGCCAGGAAGAGAAGGCUGAGCCCCAUGGGGUUGGGGCUGGGAAGGUCAACGGCCCUCAGCCACGGUGGCCCCCAGCCAUCUGAUGAGGGAACCCUGGUCUCUCCAGGGCUCUCCAGACAUUUCUGCCUCUGACCAUAUGGGGAGGGGAUUCCCCUGUGGUCCCCAGCCCCUCUCCAGAGGCAGUGGCAUGGGAGUGUAGAGGGCAGCCUGGGCCCUGUGUAGGGAAGCGGUCUCGAGACGGCCUGGCCCGGUUCCCAUGCCAUGGGAGGAGAAUGACCCACAGGCCCCAUUGGAAAAUGGAGAAGUGUGGCCUUGGACCAGCCCUUCCGGCUCAGCCCAGAGUCCUAGUGACACCCUCAUGCAGGACCUCCUGGGGCAGGGCCCAGGCUGUCCCAUGGGUCUUGUGAGAAGGCCUUUUCAGGGAAAAUACUUUUUCUAGUCCAAUUACCCCCAGGGCCUCUUCAGCUGCUGACAAUCCUAUUUAGCAUAUGCAAAUCUUUUAAUGCAGAGAACUGUCACCCUGAGAGUGACACCGUUGGCUGGCAGAGCCUGAGCAGGCAGGGGCUCGGCUGCCCAAUUCCAGCUCUCCAGCAAAGCCGCCCUCCACCAGGCGUCCACCUCACAGGCCACCUCUCGGGGCAGCCCGGGAAGCUGGAAACUGGCUGCUCCUAACCUACCUCGCCGAGCUGUCGGAGGGCUGGACGUUCGUGAGCUCGUGGCAGUGCUGAGGGGGCAUUGCCGGCGAGUAAAGUAUUACGUUUCUUCUUGUCACCCGAGUUCCCUUGGUGACAACCCCAGCCCUCAACCCGCUCUCCCCCAGUGAUUUCUCUUCUCCUUGUUCCCUUUGAGUCCAGUGUGGGACGUGGUUUUAACUGUCCCGGGACACUUCUCCGAGUGGAAUCUUAUUUUUGUAGAUCUCUGUGCUUUGCUCUCAAGGCUUGGAGAGGUGUGUCCCCUUCCCUGGCACUCAGCACCCGCUGCACGGGCAGGAAUGUGGCUUGGGAGGCAGGCCAGGCUGCGAGCCCAACUGGCCGGAAGGAGACUGUGGUUUUGUGGUGUGGACAGCCUGGGAGCCUUGAGACAGGUGCCCAGGGCUGGCUGGUGGCUGCAGACGAUGUGGCCAAGGGCAAGGACAAGCUAGACCCGACUACUUAGCUUUUAGCAUGGCUCUCAUUUUUUUUCCCCCAGAACUGUGCAAUGACCAGCAGGAGGGACAAGAGGGUAGGAAAAAGGAGGGAGGGACAAGCAUCAAGUGCCAGCUGUUGUCUGAACUAAUCAAGCACUUCUCACCAAACUUCGUGUAUAAAUAAGAUACAUAUUUUUAAAACAAACCAAUAAAUGGCUUACAUG